AUAAAAAAUGAAUUCACAUGACAAACCACACUUAUAAAGCUACACAAAAAAUGCUCUUAACAUUGAACUCAACCAAGUAAGCACUAGUAUUUUUUUGAGUUAAAUAAAAUACAAGGUGAGAGAGAGUGUAUAUGCGAAUCUUCACAUCUCAAACCAACUGUACGAACGAAAUCCCCCAACGACAAAUACAUACAUAGAAGUUACCAUCACCAAUCUCCAAAAUUAUCACAUUCACAAAAAUUCAUUAUUUUCCCAAUAUUCAAUUCAAUUUCUCUUCAUUGAACAAAUUCCAUUUCCAGAUAGAGAGAAUAAUCGCUUAUUCGUAGAAACAAAAGAUGGGAAGUAUAAAAGCGAUUUUGAAGAAUCCAGAUGAUUUCUUUCCAUUACUUAAGCUGAAAAUCGCGGCCAGAAACGCCGAGAAGCAGAUCCCACCGGAACCGCAUUGGGGAUUCUGUUACUCUAUGCUUCAUAAGGUUUCUAGAAGCUUCGGUCUUGUUAUUCAGCAGCUUGGUCCUGAGCUUCGUGAUGCUGUUUGCAUAUUCUAUUUGGUUCUUCGCGCUCUUGAUACCGUUGAGGAUGAUACAAGCAUAGAAACAGAUGUCAAGGUUCCCAUACUAAUAGAUUUUCAUCGUCACAUUUAUGAUAAUGAUUGGCACUUUGGGUGUGGCACGAAGGAGUACAAAGUUCUAAUGGACCAGUUUCAUCAUGUUUCAAAGGCUUUUCUGGAACUUGGAAAGAACUAUCAGGAUGCAAUCGAGGACAUUACGAAAAGAAUGGGUGCUGGAAUGGCGAAAUUCAUUUGCAAGGAGGUAGAAACAGUUGAUGACUACGAUGAAUAUUGUCACUAUGUGGCUGGACUUGUUGGGCUGGGUUUAUCAAAGCUUUUCUAUGCCUCUGGUAAAGAAGAUCUGGCUACAGACAAACUUUCAAAUUCAAUGGGUUUGUUUCUUCAGAAAACCAACAUUAUUCGAGAUUAUCUGGAAGACAUCAAUGAGAUACCAAAGUCACGCAUGUUUUGGCCACGGCAGAUCUGGAGUAAAUAUGUUAGCAAACUUGAGGACUUGAAAUAUGAGGAAAACUCCGUUAAGGCUGUGCAAUGCUUAAAUGACAUGGUCACUAAUGCUUUGCUGCAUGCUGACGAUUGCUUACAAUACAUGUCUGCAUUACGAGACUCCUCUAAUUUUCGCUUUUGUGCUAUUCCUCAGGUAAUGGCAAUUGGAACACUUGCAAUGUGCUACAACAACAUUGGUGUCUUCAGAGGUGUAGUUAAAAUGAGGCGAGGUCUAACUGCCAAAGUGAUUGACCGAACCAAGACUAUGGCUGAUGUCUAUGGUGCUUUCUUUGAUUUUGCUUCCGUGUUGGAGUCCAAGGUUGACAAAAAUGAUCCAAAUGCAACAAAAACAUCGAGCAGGCUGGAAGCUAUACAGAAAACUUGCAGAGAAUCUGGUCUCCUAACCAAAAGGAAAUCUUACGUUUUGAGGAAUGAGAGCGGAUAUGGCUCUACCAUGAUUCUCUUACUGGUCAUCUUGUUUUCCAUCAUUUUUGCUUAUCUCUCUGCCAAUCGUCACAAUAACUAAUCAACGGGUAUUUUGGCCUUCGCAAGCAUGGAUAGCAACAGAACAGUGGUAGCAUGGCCCACUCACGGAAUGUGAAUUUGCAUGCAUGGGAGCGAUAUUUGAUGCGUGCAUUUGAAAAUUGUGUAUUCUAUUUGAAUGAGUAGUAGAUAUAGAUAUAGUUCCUAGUUUCCUACGUUGGGUUGAACUUUACCUCUACAUUCACCCAUAAAAUUAUGAUUGUUAUGCGUGUUGUCAGUUAUUUAAAUGUUUUCCAAACGAGUGCUACGGAGAUCAAAACUCCCUCCUCCCCCUUCUUUGUCUAACCUUGGGUUUUAUGCCAUGAUUGUUUACUGUUGCA